GAGUCGAGUCAACGUAUAGCGCAUGCUACGCUCUCGGAUGCGGCUAGCAUGAAGACGAUUGCCAUACUGACAAUGCUGUUCCUGCCGGGUACCGCAGUGGCAAGCUUUUUCAGCAUUCAAAUGUUCAAUUGGAACGCAGGUGAUAGUCGUCAGAUUGCGAGUCCGUGGGUUUGGGUGUAUUUCGUCAUAGCGGUGCCGUUGACGACGGGGGUCAUGAUAGCGUGGUGGUGG